AUGACUGCGGGCAGUGUUGACCAGUUGCAAUUCAACAUCUUGAGAGUUUGUACUUCGAAUGAUAUACGAGGAAAUUUUAUCAGGCUACCUAGUUCAAUUGUGAAUACCCUGGAAACUACAGGCAUCGCUAUACAAGAUUUUGGAAUAGAGAUAUGUCAGAAUGGUAAAAGUCUUUUACAUGUUGGAUGGGAUGGCUAUGAAUCACAAGGCUUCUUGAAUGGACAACCGACGAUCGAGAUCAACCCGAUUUUGGCUCAGAGAAUGAAACUCCAUCCAACGGCUACUGUGGACCUGUUUGUAAGCAAGUAUGAUCAAGCAAGAACGGCUACUGAGGUAUCUGUAGAGCCAGAAACUAGCGAUGAUUGGGAAAUUAUCGAGAGUCAUGCCCUGUUCUUUCAGGACGAAAUCCUGCACCAAACUAGGAUAGUGACUCUUGGAGAGACUUUACUCUGUUACAUUGAUAACAUCGUCUGCAAAUUUACAAUUAAAAAGAUCGAACCAAUGACAUUGAAGUCCGCAAGGAUCAAUACGGGCUCUCUCAUAGUAAUUUCACCUCGGGAGAAUAAAGCUAGAAUACAAAACAACUAUGCACAGACUGAGAGCAAGAAACUGAACAAACCCGUAGAAUCAAUUAGCAUAUCCAACUCGACGAUCAAGAGGAGUCUUUAUGGUGUGGAAGAAGAUAGUCAUAUGGAACUUUACACCCAUGGGAACGAAAUAACGUCAAAGCUAGCUUGUGUUUCCAUCUUGCACAACGCAUUGGACUUGAAACAUCAUGGAAAGCAGGAGAAGCUAGAAAACUUUGUGAAGCAUGCCAAGCGGGUAGUUGUCGGAGUCAAAGGCCGUGAAGAGAUUCCUGAGGGUCAUGUAGCGAUGGCACCUCUUGUGUGGGAUGCUCUGUGGACUAGUAGUAAGAACGGGUGCAAAGUAGUCAUAGAAUAUCUUGACCAAGAGCAACCACACAUCAACAUGAGGAACAUCAAGGUUAUCUUAACGAGUUUACAAGAAGACGAACAUCCUGCGAAAAGCGUAAGGCGAGACAAUGUCCCUACACCAGAUUGGGCUAAAGAAUUAGUUGAGAGCCUAAGUAAGGGCCCUAUCACUGACAAAAUGGUCCUGCUCAAGAAUAAAGUACUGGUGGAAAUCGUCGAUGAAAGUACAGGAAAGCAUGUUCCUUAUGUUAACUUCGAAAACUCUCCUCUGCCGAGAUGCAGUUUCUUAGCGGCACCCAAAGCUAUGUUGCCGAAUCAAUUACAAGGCGAAGAUCCAGACCACAACUUCAAGCAAAAUUCAAUGAAGCGCAACUACUUGCCAAGCAAAAUAACGAAAACACUAGUCGACUAUUUGUCAAUGCCAGUGGCACCAUCGAGUGGAAUUUUGCUUACAGGGAAUGGAGGUAUGGGGAAAACAACAGUACUCCAGGAAUUAGCGAAAGAAGUCAUUCUGAAAUAUCACAGAUAUGUCAAGUAUAUUGAUUGCAACUCGUUGUUGGACUCCUCUAAUUUAGGGAAAAUGAAGCAAUGUAUCCAAGAAUGGACUUCGCAGUGCUAUUGGAAUAAUCCAUCUAUUCUUCUUCUGGACAAUGCUGAGGGUCUAUUUCCAAGCAUCAAGACAGAUGACCCACAGCAACAAGCUAUGCAGCAAAGAGGUGGAUCGAAUUCGACGAAACUGGCUCUUUUCCUCAUCAAAAUGGUGGAAGGAAUAACCGCGAAAUGCCCAGAGGCCAUUAGAGUGGUUUUCUCUUGUCGUAACCAGAAUGAGCUUAACAGCAUACUUUUUGACAAGCAUUUUAUCUGUGAAACAUUUAAGCGGAGAUCCCCUGACGUAGACGAGAGAGGUGGAUUGAUAGAGUUCUUUUUCAGCCGAAUGGGUGAUCACAUCAAGCUUGGUGAGGACAUACAAAUUCGUGACAUUGCCCUGGGAACGGAUGGCUAUUCCCCUCUUGACUUACAGAUCCUCGUUGACAAGCUGUUCCAUCAGGCAUCAAUGAGUAUGACCGAUGAAUAUGUGGUCGAUAAAGAGGUUUAUGAAGAGACUAUAAAGGACUUUAGUCCCUCAUCCCUAAGAGGCGUCAAGCUGACGAAAAACACUGGCAUAUCGUGGAACGAUAUAGGAGCACUGAAUGGACCGAAACGCAUACUAUUGGAGACCCUAGAGUGGCCAACCAAGUAUGCGCCUAUCUUCAAAAAUUGCCCUCUGCAACUGAGGUCUGGUGUCUUGCUUUAUGGGUAUCCUGGGUGCGGCAAGACGUUAUUGGCGAGCGCAGUUGCACAACAAUGUGGCUUGAACUUUAUCACAGUCAAUGGGCCCGAAAUCCUUAACAAGUACAUCGGUGCGAGCGAACAAAACGUCAGAGAGCUCUUUGAUCGGGCCCAGUCGGUAAAACCUUGUAUUUUAUUCUUUGACGAGUUCGACUCGAUAGCACCCAAGAGAGGCCAUGAUUCCACCGGUGUCACUGACCGUAUUGUGAACCAGCUACUCACGCAAAUGGAUGGUGUUGAAGGCCUUGACGGUGUCUACGUUCUUGCAGCGACUAGCCGUCCCGACCUGAUCGACUCUGCACUGCUGAGACCUGGAAGAAUCGACAAGAGCAUCUUGUGCAACGUUCCGGGUCUUGAGGACCGUCUGGACAUCCUGCGAGCAAUUACUUCGAGCGGCAAGAUGGUCCUUGAGCCCGGCACCGACCUCACACCGGUCGCUGAGCAGACCGCAGGCUACUCAGGAGCAGAUCUACAAGGUUUGGGAUACAAUGCGUACCUCAAAUCUGUCCACAGGACGCUACAGCUGCAGGAUAUGGAUUCUUACAGGGAAGGUCAGCGUGAAGUAGAAUACACAGUGCUGAAUCCGAACGACUCGAAGAUAGUCGUCCCGGAAAGUGAGCAAGAAGACAGGAAGAAACCAACUACGAAUACAUCUACACCAGUAACUAUCAACCUGCAGGAUCUCCUCCAGGCGUGCCAAGAGACCAAACCAAGUAUUUCAACCAGCGAGUUUCGCAAAUUACAAGCAAUAUAUCAAAAAUUCCAGGACGACAGAGACGGUGACAUGCCCCCAGGAGAGGGAUCUACAGAUGUGGGAACCCGAACCUCUUUAAUGUAG